UGUUUGUGUAAAUGCGUCACAGCAAGUUGGAAGCAGAAGCAGACAUUGUUCGGGUCCGGCUUGGGUAGGUUAGUUUAGGCAGUUUAACUUGGUUCAGACCGCGGGGUUGUACUUUCUGCAUAGCUAGUCAGGGUCAGCCAUGGUUAAACUAACCUUUACCUCGGCCCUUGGCCAAAAAGACCUGAAGAAAGGAGAAAAGGAUGAAGCGCUGAUUCCACAAAAAGGGGAUGUGGAGGAGGUUCUUCGGGUCAGGCAGCAGUCUCGGGCCUGGUGCUGGUGCAUGUGUCUGGGUCUGGCCCUCAUGCUCUCUGGCGUGGUGGUUGGUGGAGCUUACCUGUACAGAUAUUACAUCAUGGAGGAUGUGGGCACAGCUGAGUUUGAUGCUGUUACUCUUCAGGAGGAGAAUACAUACUUUUGUGGCGUGAACUAUCACGAGGAACGCUACAUGAUGCGGGAGAGCGCAGAGGAGGAGACCCCGGAGCAGCUGGUGGGCAUGCUGAAGCGUUUGGAUGAGCGUGUCAGGAUACUGCAGGAGGACAAAGUGGAGCUCAUCAAUGUUCCAGUGCCUGAGUUUAGUGACAAUGACCCUGCUGACAUCGUUCAUGACUUCAACCGGAGAAUGACUGCCUAUCUGGAUCUGAAUCUGAAUAAGUGCUAUGUCACCCCUCUCAAUACCUCCAUCGUCAUGCCCCCCAAGGACUUCCUGGAGCUGCUCGUCAACAUCAAGGCUGGCACAUACCUGCCACAGUCCUACCUGGUGCAUGAGCAGAUGGUUGUGACGGAGAAGGUUGAGCAUGUGGAGCAGCUGGGCUACUUCAUCUACAGCCUGUGUAGAGGCAGAGACACUUACAGAUUACAGCGCAGGGAAGUUGUCCCAGGAAUCCAGAAGCGCGAGGCCCUUGACUGCCACAAGAUUCGCCAUUUUGAGAACAAGUUUGUGGUGGAGACUCUGAUCUGCGAGCAGUAGAGCGCAGAAUCUCUGCUAGAAGCAACAUGAACCACUUUAACCAAUUCCAAUUGAGUGCAGUGAGUUUCUGGGACCCCUUCCCACCCCCUUGUUCUCUUUCCUUUUAAAGCUCUUCCUGUUUCCCGUGUGUGGUGGUCUUGCUUUGUGUCCUUUUUACUGUACAGCAAAGAUGAUAGUGGAGAGUGAGAAAGGAGGGGACUAAAAGCCCCCAUCAUCCUGUAAUAAACUAAGUUUAAGGCCCUUUCUCCAUUUCCCUUUCAGAAUCAACAUCUCAAUGUUUAGCUUAUAUUUGUGAAGAUUUUUGUUGUUUUCAUUCUUGAUUAGUUUUACUUUGUUUGUAAACUUUCCUAAAGGUGGGAUAUGAGAUUUAAAGCAAGUUCUCGUGAAAAUGAGGAACGUUCAAAGUAUACAUUUGUACACGAGGCAAUAAAAGAAACGCUGUUUUGUCUUUGCUUAAACUGUGAAGGUCUGUCACAGCCUAGUUCACCAUAUUAUACACUGGAAGAUUAGACAACAUAUGUAGGAUAUAGCCAUUAAAGGAAUAUAUACGAACACAAACAGAAUAAUUUUUGUAUUAGAUAUACUUACUAGUCUAGAAUGUUGAGGUUUUUUUAACUGGUUUAUCAGCUAAAACUAUUAAUACAGUGCUAGAACGCAGGUAAAUGAGUGUUGGACUUAGUGACAAACAGGGACAUUUUUAUCUAGGCUUAAUCUGCUUUACGAUGUCGGAUAUAAAAGGCAAGAGAAUCUUUUUAAUUUCAGAGCAUUCGAAUUUCAUAGUGAUUUGUGACAAUGAAAAAAUAUUAAACGAGAUUUCAGAAUGUAUAAGAUGAAAAUGUAAGGGUUUAUAUCUAAAUUCUACCACAGAUGUUGAACUCAUUGUAUAGACGAUAAAAUGUGUAUAACAUUAUGUAACAAAACAUUAAAUGUACAAAUGAUUAACACAAUAAAACUUGGACCACUGUU